CAGAGGCAUAUACUUUCUCCAGGGCUAUAACUUGACUCCUUGUUCAUGCAAUUUGCCGUGCUCUCUUCAACUUCUUAGCCAUGGAAAUGGAGUCUCCAAGCUACCAAAAACAAAGUCUGUUCGCUCGUGUUUGGUCGUCGAUCAAGGCCUCCCCGAAGAAGAUUAAAUCCGAGCCUGUCUAUGAUAACUUUGGCGUCACAGCAAUGUGGGCUGUAAUGACUGUUGUUGUAGUCUUCGAGUUUUCCGUAGGAGCAACUUUUGGGAAAGGUUUAAACAGAGCAUUGGCAACAUUAGUAGCUGGUGCUUUAGGUGUUGGAGCUAACCACCUCGCUAGCUUAUCCGGACAGAUUGGUGAGCCUAUAUUGCUAGCAAUCUUCGUCUUCUUGCAAGCUGCGGCUUCAACAUUUCUACGAUUCUUUCCCAAAAUCAAAGCAAGAUAUGACUAUGGAAUGUUGAUAUUCAUCUUGACAUUCUCUUUGAUAUCUGUAUCUGGUUUUCGGGACGAUGAAAUUAUAGGUACGGCUCAGAAGAGACUAUCGACUGUAUUCAUAGGAGGCCUUGCCUGUGUUAUAAUCUCAAUUCUGGUCUGCCCUGUUUGGGCUGGGGAAGAUCUCCACAACUUGAUUGCCCUCAACAUGGAAAAACUCGGGAACUUCUUAGAAGGGUUUGGAGAUGAAUACUUUGGAAGGGGAGAGGAAGAAGAAGGGUGUAAAGAGGACAGGUCUUUCAUUGAAGGAUAUAAAAGUGUUCUUAAUUCAAAAAGCAGUGAAGAAACCUUGGCUAAUUUUGCAAGAUGGGAGCCAGGUCAUGGCAGGUUCAAGUUUCGGCAUCCAUGGAAAUAUUACCUCAAAAUUGGAAGUCUGACUCGCCAAUGUGCUUGCCGAAUUGAAGCUCUUAAUGGAUAUCUUGAAGCUGAUAUUCAAGGGAAACCUGAAAUCCGAAGCAGAAUCCGUGUUACAUGCACAGAGAUGUGCUUGGAAUCAGGAAAGGCAUUGAAAGAACUGGCGUUGGCAGUGAAGAAUAUGACUAAACCAUUAUCUGCCGAUUCCCAUAUCGAGAACUCAAAAUCUGCUUCGAAAAACCUGAAUACCAUGCUCCAAUCAGGCUUAUGUGAGGAUGCUGACAUCCUUGAUCUCAUACCAGUGGCCACUGUAGCUUCAUUGCUGAUUGACAUCGUCAACUGCACGGAGGAGAUUGCGGAAUCAGUUCAGAAGCUGGCAUCAAUGGCAGGUUUUGCAAGCGUUGAGCCUACUGUCUCCCCGGAACAACCACAAACUGGACAACCAGAAACCUCAAAAACACAGGACAAGGUUGACUUGCCUCAUGUUGUCGUUACAGUGAGAGAGCCAACACAAGAGAAUGAGAACUCUUUGGAAUCAAGAAAUGGCAUGGUCAGACAAAUGGAAUCGUAAAUAUAAAAGCACUAACUAGCAUAUGAUACCUAAACUUAGUUAUUUUAAAGUUGUGGUAUCUUUAGAAAUUUAAUCAAUCCUUAAUAAGGAAUUAGGCAGGCUCAUUUGGACAAAAUUUUCCCUAGGUAAUGUACUGCCUUUUCUUUUAAACCUAAAUAAUGUACUUCUGUUGUUGUGUAAUAAAUGCUGAUAUAUAUU